UACAGAAACAAAAGGGUAUCCCACUUGUGUAAUUCCCAUUCAUUCAGAAGGGUAUUUCUGUCAUUCUUCCCCUUGACCGUCUGUCUCAUUACUCUCCUCUGUCAUUUUUAUAUCCCGCCAUGUCCCUUCCAUUUCCAUUUUCCUUCUUCUUACUCAAACUGAAACAAAAAAAUAAAUAAAGAUUUCUAGUAUAAAUUUGUACUAAAAAUGUAUUUUUAUUUACAUUUAUAAUACAGUUUCAAGAUUGAACAGAGGAGAUUGAGAACAGAGAAGGUUUUUAAUUAUUUUUUUUGAGCUUUGUCGUCGUUAAUGGCGGCUGGUUGGGUGAAAUCAUGGCAAUGUAAGUCAAGAGCUUUAGACGACGUCGUUAGCAAUCACCACCACCAAUAUCACAUCUUACCCAACUCCGCUAGUUGCAAAAAUGGAGUCAAAAGCCUCAAAGACGUAGUGGAAAACACCAAAAAUGGAAAACCCAGAAAGAAAAAACUGUCGAGGCAGCUGGAGCAACAGCCGUCGACGAGACGACCCGGACCCGGUUCGAGAGGACUCGAACCCGGUUUGAAUAGGGAGAAAUCUCGAGCUAGCACCUCCACGAGACUUUCACGUUCCGCGACGGAAUCGUUCUUCCCAGCGCUGACUGAGUUACCGGAAGGUCACCCGUCGCGUAAUGUGGUCGGGAUAAUUUUUCAGACGAGUUGGUCUCCGAAAGAUUUUUUGGGUCGGAUUGAAAUGGUGUUUAAAGUUCAGAAUCUACCCCGGACUGUGACCCGGUUUGAAGAGUAUAGAGAGGUUGUCAAGUCUAGGGCCGGAAACGGCGGUGAUGCGGCGGCGGAGAAGGGUGGCGAGGACCAUGCACGUUGCGUUGCGGAUGGGAAUGAGGUGAUGAGGUUUUACUGUCUGGGACCCACCAACGGCGGCGCGUACGAAACUGGAAACAGCGCGUGGACAUUUUCAUCCGGGAAAGGGGCGGCGGUGUGUACGUAUUCCGGCAGCGGCGUGGCCCACGAGAAUGCCGGCGGAGGGAGGGGUAGACGGGCUAUGCUGGUGUGUCGGGUCAUUGCAGGUCGGGUCUGCAAGCAACUCGGAUUCGACUCGUUGAUUGAAGGCCGAGUUGGAUAUGACUCAGUGAGUGGGGAUAACGGCGAGUUACUAGUAUUUGAUUCACGUGCCGUAUUACCAUGUUUUCUUAUUAUCUACAAAUUGUAAAAAAAGAAUUUUCAAAAAAGUAAGACGUACUACUUGGCUUUAAAAAUCUCCAAUUUUUCUAAUUUCCUAGUAGUUAUAUUUUUUUUAUUUAAAUUUUUUGGGCUUUGUAAUUAUGCAAUAUUGGGUAUAAAUACUUCAUUUGAUCUUUA